AUGCCAUACCGGCCAUACAUACCCAAUACCUACCACACGUCUCGUAUCUAACAUAUCUUGGAACAUCUUCUAUCUCUCCAACGCAACACGAGCCAAUUGCCCUACAGAAAUUCCAGAAAGAUAUUAGGUGCGAUCACACAUUAUUCCUCUGCAGAUUUGACGUCUAAUUGGGGAUGUUUUUCGCCCGAUACUGCACAUCCCACCCCUAAUGCAGACUGCGACCAUCCAGCCCAAUCAGCACCGGAUUGAGUGCAUGCAAGCAGCCAUUCAGGAGUAACCAGCUGUUCAUUUCCCACGAUACUGGCAGGCCUUUUCAGCCAACCGAAGCAGUAGAGCAAGAGUAGAGAAAAGACGGCUUCCUCUACGAAUCCAUAGCUACGGGGCUGACACAACGGACAAAUGGCACAAUUCCAGCAUGCCGCAGCCAAGCAACGGGCCCGACGUCGAUACCAGACACGCAGUCCAUCCCCAUCUCGCCACCAUGACUGGAACACACAACAUCAUCCCCCUCCCCAUUCGCUGCCUUACCGAUCCCGAGAACCUGAAAUAACACUAGGGCUCUCCGGCACAACAAAGCCAAAAUAUUAUUCCCAACGAGCUGCAACACCGUCCGACGACUCAGAUCUGUCCGACCCAAUGCCUCAUCCGCAACACCAGCUGGCCCGACCAGCCCCCGCGGCCCGGAACGGUAAAGGCCGGGCCGUGUAUCUCGAGAUAGAUGACGACGACGAUGAAGACGAAAGAAUGAUAUCGAGACUGAGGUCCCGCUCGAGGCCCAGGACGCGCUCGAAGGCGAGGAGUACGAGCAGCAGCGGGGACGACGAGACAUAUGAGCUAUCGACGCCACCGAGGUCUACCCCCCAGUACCGCUCGAGGCCCACUUCGAGACUUCCAUCCGUGUCAUCAUCGAGAAGCUCCAGCGUCGACUCCGAUUCGUCUGUGUCAACCCUGGAUGAAAGAACGAAGCGUCGCGCCCGCAAAAGGCCAAGCGACGUACCCCUCAUACCGCCAGCCCCGGGCCGGGCCGAGCAUCGACGGCAUCGGCCAAGACAUCGAGACAGAUCCCAGUACAGGGAAGAGGACACGGACGCUGAGCCCGAAUACGAUACCAGACUCCGUUUACGUGAGCGAUCCAAGUCCGUACCAAGGCCUCGGCGACAGAUACAGUCACGGAGCACCUCUCGAGUACGCCAGCGCCCACGGGAUCGGUAUGAAGAAGGAGAACCCAGUACAUCGAAGCGACCACAUCGGAGGAGAUAUUACGACUCUGAUACGGGGUAUGAGAAGCCCGCGCUCCCGCGAGCACACACUGCUCCCAGCUCGCAUAUCACUGCACAGAGUAUGAGUUCCUCCUCCAGACCUUCGUCCGCUCUUCUGAAUAAGUUUAUGGCAUCAGGACUUCCAUCACCUCCCGAACGAUCUUCCAAGAUGGUGGAGUGCGUAGUCUGUCUCGAUGACCUACCGUCGACGAAGACGGCCAAACUGAAGUGCGGACAUCGAAUGUGUAAGUCAUGCUUGAAGCGCAGUUUCAAGCUGUCGGUCAAAGACCCGGCCCAGAUGCCCCCGAGAUGCUGCACAUCAGACUGCAUCCCGUUGAAGCACGUCGACAAUCUAUUCGACGUCAACUUCAAGAAGACCUGGAACCAGAAGUUCCACGAAUUCUCCACCCGGAACCGCGUCUACUGCCCGGGCAAGAGAUGCGGCCGAUGGAUCAGACCCGACCAGAUCCAGCGUCACCACAACGGACGCAAGGUGGGCAAAUGCGGCGGCUGCCAAACUCGUGUGUGCUGUGACUGUAACAACCGAUGGCACGGCUCCGACCCGUGUCCCGCAGACGAGGAGACGAACCAAAUUUUGCAGCAAGCUAAAGAAGAAGGGUGGCAGCGCUGUUUUAACUGCAGAAACAUGGUCGAGCUGAAAGAAGGUUGUAAUCAUAUGACUUGCCGAUGCGGUGCCGAAUUCUGUAUGAUAUGCGGCCUGAAGUGGAAGACGUGCGAGUGCCCGUGGUUCAACUACGACAACAUCGACGGCGACCACCUCGACCACAUGCAGAUCCCCGAACCGAUGAUCGACCGCGACCGCCUCGGCCCGCGCAGCGCCCCGGCGACCCCUCGCCUCGACCCCCGCCGCGGCGUCUCCCCAGGCCACACCCUGCGCCCGCGACCGACCAACUACGACGAAGACCUCCUGGCCCGACGUUUCCAGGAGCGCCACGACGAGGAGUUCGCGCGCCGCCUGCAGUACGAGGACACCGAGGACGACUACAUGGACCCGCUGGCCGACGGCGGCGUCGGCGGCGUCGACCUCGACCCCGUGCGGCCCUUCGGCGGCGGCGGCCUAGCUCCAGGCCACGACGAGUACCGGCGGCGCGGGCGCGCGCAGACCGUCAUCGCGCCCCCCGCUCCCGCCCCUCCGCCCCCCACCGCCCCCUUCGAGCGCACGACGAACUCGGUAGCCGACUACGUGACGGGCGUGAACCGCGCGCGCGGGCUGCGCGCGAGCUCGAUGGAGCGCCGCCUCGCCGACCGCUUCGAGACGCGACCGACGCCGAGCCCCGCGCCCACGGCGCAGAACCCGUUUGGCGGUCACGCGGUGCCGGCGCCGCCGCCGCCCGCCGCGCCACGAGCGAUGGGGCCGCCAGCACCCGCACUACCACUUCAGCAGCAGCCGCUGUCGCCGCCGCCGCAGAUGGGGAUGGGGAUGGGGAUGGGGAUGCCGAUGGGGACGCCGCUGAUGAUGCGGCGGCACACGGUCGACGACGACCAGCUGUACGAGCACGCGCCGCAGCGGAUCCCGCCGCGGAUGCUGCCGCGGCGCGCGGGCACGACGCGGAGCUACAUCGAGGACCCGCACCACGCCGCCUACGAGGCUGGGGGAGGCGGGCCGAGGGUGCGCCGCCGGGGCCGCGCGGCGUCGACGUCGCCGAAGGAUUCGGUGCUCGCGGGCCUCACGGGCCCCGGGAGGGGUAUGCACAGGGUCUACGAGUGGGUGAACCAUGUCGAGCAGGAACCGGGUGUCACGGCUUAAAUAAUUUUUGAGUG